UCUUGAUUCCCCUGCUUUAGAUACAAGUGUAGGAAACUGUCGACUACUUUCCUCACUCCUCAGCUCCUUCUAUACGAAUCUCUCUCUAUAUCCUCGGAUAGUUUAAGAACUCCGGACACCUUUCAACAUCCACACAUCCGAGAUUCCAUUGAACAGGUUCAUUGAUGGAUGAUGAAGAGAUUGUUAAGGGAGACAAACUUAUACUCAGGGGUUUGAUGUUCCAUGGAUUUCAUGGGGUGAAACCAGAAGAGAGGAAAUUGGGGCAGAAGUUCUUGGUAGAAGUGGAUGCUUGGUUAGAUCUUCGUGCAGCCGGUAAAUCUGAUAAUUUAGUUGACUCAGUUAGUUACACUGACAUCUAUCGCAGAAUAGUUAAGGAUAUUAUGGAGGGCCCACCCCAGAAUCUCCUCGAAUCUGUGGCUCAUCUCAUUGCAUCCACCACGCUAACCAAGUUUCCUCAGAUAUCAGCUGUCCGAGUGAAAGUGGGGAAACCUCAUGUUAGUGUUCCUGGCCCUGUUGAUUACUUGGGAGUUGAGAUUCUUAGAAAAAGAAGUGACGUGCAACAAUAAAUCUUUAUGUCACUGCUUUGGUUGAUUUUUUUUUUUUUUCUUUUAAGUUGAAAACUGGCUGACUAUGCAUUACUUUUAGAUUUUAUUUGUCGAAUA